AUGCAAGUACCAUACCAACAAUCUAUUUACUGCAACGACAAUUUGGUUACCGUGAGUAAUUUUGGAAGAUGUCUUCAAACAGUCAAGAGUCCAGUAGAAGAUUUUACUACCUACGCAGCACGUGUCAACAAAAACUGCGAAGAUUUUAAGUUGAGCGCCCUCACACCAGACCAAUUCAAGUGCCUAGUUUUUGUGACAGGACUGCAAUCAUCAUUAGACGCAGACAUUCGAACAAAACUGUUGUCUAAAUUGGAUGAGGACGCGAGUUCAGAUUUAAGCAAGUUGUUGUCCGGCGUUCAAAAGUGGUUUAGCCUUAAAAAAGAUGCAGCAUUAAUCGAACAAGCGUCAUCACCAGCAACCUCAGUCAAUGCAGUCAGAACACAUCAAAAACACAAAAAUCAACUUCAGUCGGCGCAGCAGCAGAAGCAACAAAACAGCUUGCCAAGAUCCCCUUGUUGGAGUUGCGGUGAAAUGCAUUUCUCACGAGAUUGCACUUUCAAAAAUCAUAAAUGCACAAAUUGCUAUCGUGUGGGGCACAAGGAAGGUUACUGCAGCUGUUUUUCAUCAAAAAGUGACAAACUAAUUCCGACGAAAGCAAUAAAGAACAAUGGUCGACAUGGGAACAAGAAAAAAUUCUCCCAACAAAACAAAGCCGUCUUUGUUAAUUGCGUCCAACAUGCGAAGCGAAGGAAGUUUGUAGAGGUGAACAUCCACACCAGCGCUCAGAGAUCAAGCCAGUCUAUCCGUCUUCAAGUAGACACUGGUUCUGACAUCAGUAUCAUCGAUAUAAGUACAUGGAACAAGAUUGGGCGACCAGGAACCGUACUUAAAGAUCGUGAAGCAAAAAGCGCAUUAUUGAAUUCCAUCAAACUUAUCGCUGAAUUUCCUUGUGAAAUUCAGCUAAAUGGGGAAGUAAAAUCUUGUAAAUUAUUUGUUUCAGAAGUUAAGUUUUUAAAUAUUUUAGGAACAGAUUUGUGCGAAAUAUUUGAUUUAUGGGACAAGCCUAUCAACACAGUGUGCAUCAGUCGAAUCAUUCAACCGACGACCGCCGAUCGCAAUGCAGCCAUAUCAAGCAUUAAGAAGCGGUAUGCUAAAUUGUUCAAGUCAGAUGAUUCUUCGGUUUGUUCGAAACUGCAGGUCGAGCUCCACCUUAAACCAAAAGCUGUUCCAGUAUUCCGAGCCAGAAGAGAUGUGGCGUACGCUGUCCUUCCUCAAAUAGAACGGGAACUCAAACGUCUACAGGAUCGAGGAUAUAUCACUCCAGAUGAUUAUUCAGAUUGGGCAGCCCCAAUAGUGGUAGUGAAAAAGUCUUCAGGAGAGGUACGUCUGUGCGGAGAUUAUUCAUCAGGUCUAAACGAUCAAUUAGAGUCGCAUGAAUACCCCAUUCCAACUCCAGAAGCUAUUUUUACCAAGGUCGGUAACAGUGAAAUCUCCAGUCAUAUAGAUUUAGCGGACGCAUUCCUACAGGUCCAAGUCACACCCGAAUCUGCUAAACUGCUUACCAUUAACACCCACAAAGGUUUAUUUAGACCAAACAGACUAGCACCUGGUACAAAGCCUGCACCUGGAGCAUUUCAGCAGAUUGCAGACACAGUUUUGGCGGGUAUUGAAGGAGCAGCAGCUUAUAUCGACGAUUUCAUCAUCGGCGGAAAAACCACCCACUCAAUUACCUCUUCUGGUUCUUAA